CCUUAAACAAUAACUUUUUCUUUCAAUCUUCACCAAUCUUUUUCACUCUCCAGUAGUCAGCAGCUGUCUGUUCAACAUUUCUCUCUCUUACUUUCCCAAAAUAUACUGCCAUUUCUUCUCUUUCAUCACUGUUUUACACUUUGCCGUGAACGUCUCAACCUGAGUUCAAAUCCUGCUGCAAUUCGAUUCUUUUUCUCGAUUCGCACAACUCUUUCAUCACCAAUUGCGUUAAAUUUCUGCAAAUAUGCUAUUCAAUUCACUCUAAAAAAAAGCUUCAAUUUAGGGUUUCGAACUUCCUUACUUCACGCUUUAAUGGCGAUCAGAGGCGUAGAUUUUAAAUGGUAUGAUGGAUUUUUCUUGUCGAUGCUCGCCACUAGUGUAAUUAUAGUAGCAAUCAACUGGAAGCGUUACCAUCUUUGUACAUACCCUUUGCACAUAUGGAUAGUGGUUGACUACACCACUGUGUUCGUGUUUCGACUUUUGAUGUUUGUGGACAAUGGGCUCUCGGCUGGAAUGGGAUUGGACUUUGGCUGGCAGCAGAGAUAUGCUGGCUUUUGUGGUAGAGUAGCAGUUCUCUCGAUCCUCUCUCUGUUAAUCUAUCCUUUUCUUUGGGGAUGGACUGUCAUUGGCACCUUGUGGUUCAAUAAAUCCAGAGACUGUUUGCCUGAACAGGGUCAAAAAUGGGGUUUCUUGAUAUGGUUGAUAUUUAGCUAUUCAGGACUUUGUUGCAUUGCUUUCUUUUGUGUUGGGAAGUGGUUGACACGAAGGCAAGCUCACAUGCUACGAGCUCAUCAGGGAGGAGUUCCUGUUUCAGAGUAUAGGGUGUUAGUUGACAUGAUUCGUAUACCUGAUUGGGCAUUUGAAGCUGCUGGACAAGAGAUGAGAGGCAUGGGCCAAGAUGCUGCUGCAUACCAUCCUGGGCUUUACUUGACUACAGCUCAGAGGGAAGCAGUGGAAGCUCUCAUUCAAGAACUACCGAAGUUCAGGUUGAAGGCUGUUCCAACUGAUUGCAGUGAAUGCCCCAUCUGCUUGGAGGAGUUCCGUGUUGGAAAUGAGGUUCGUGGCUUACCUUGUGCUCACAACUUCCAUGUUGAGUGCAUAGAUCAGUGGCUCCGGCUAAAUGUCAAAUGUCCUCGGUGUCGCUGCUCUGUCUUCCCAAAUCUUGACCUCAGUGCCAUAUCCAAUCUCCGCGCCGACUCAGAACAGGAACGACCCUCAUCUACAAUGGUGACCACAGCUCAAUAUGUAAGAGCCCAGACGCCAAGCCAAAGUUAUCGGCUAAGGUUACAGGGUUUGCUUCGUCCUAUACGGACAGAGAAUGCAGGGUCUGGUAAUGAAUCAGAAAAUGCCUUGGAAGUUGCUGAAAAUGGAGGGUUGCAUAUAAAUCCCGGCCCUUCCCGUGUAAACCCCUCACCCUAUUAUGCCGAGCAUGAUGCUGCUGCACCGUCUUCAGCCCCUGCUCACUAGGGCAUUCUGGAUACCUUAGAAUUUUUGGCACUUCAUCUUAACUGCAAAUGUUCGGAACUAGUAGAGGAGAAGAUUGAAUUGUAGCAGCUUCUGAGGGUACAGUCUGGGUCUAGCAGUGCGAUGUGAAGGAUCUCACUUUUGGACUGAGGAAUUUGAAAGUGCAAAAGCGCACUUAUACAUGUAUUAAUUGAAUGAAUUGUAUAUAUGCUAACCAGCUUUCUUGACCUGGAUAACUGAAAGUUAUUCAGGUUCUUUAGCUAUGCCUGCGCGGCUGCGCCUUCUACACAUAAAGAGGUGACAGUGACAAUGCAUUUGCCCUGUGAUUUUGUGGCUUGUAUGAUGGGAAUGUUAUGCCUUUCUUAUGUGAAAUAUAUGAAUAGCAAACAAUUUAAAUGAAGUA